AUGGCGAUGGGGAUGCCGUAUGGCAUGCAGUCUAUGCUGAAGGACGGGCAUAAAAUUAUGUCUGGGCUGGAGGAGGCGGUGCUCAGAAACAUCGAGGCGUGCAAGGGCCUGACACAGAUCACUCGGACCAGCCUGGGCCCCAACGGCAUGAACAAGGUGGUGAUCAACCACCUCGACAAGCUGUUCGUGACCAGCGACGCCUCCACCAUCGCCGGCGAGCUGGAGAUUCAGCACCCCGCCGCCCGCCUCAUCGUCCUGGCCGCCCAGGCCCAGCACGCGGAGGUCGGGGACGGGUGCAACUUCGUGCUCACCUUUGCCGGGGAGCUGCUGGGCCACGCCGAGGCCCUGCUCCGGGACGGCCUGCACCCAGUGGAGAUCGCGGACGGCUACGCCAAGGCCGGCAAGGCUGCCCUGGCGGCCCUGGAGUCCCUCGUCGUCCCCGGCUCCGUCGACCUGGACCUGACCAGCGCCGACGCCGUGGCUCGGCGCCUGCUGGGCCCGCUGUCCUCCAAGCAGUACGGCGUGGAGGCCACGCUGGCCGCGCUGGUGGCGCGCGCCUGCGUCGCGGUGCUGCCCCCCAACCCUGCCAACUUCGCCGUGGACAACGUGCGCGUGGUCAAGAUCCGGGGCGGCACCCUCUCCGACUCCUACGUGGAGCGGGGCCUGGUGCUGCGUCGCGGCGUGGAGGGCCGCGUCGCCUCCGCCGCCAACGCGCGCGUCGCGGUGUACGCGCAGGGCUUCGACACCUCGUCCACCGAGACCAAGGGCACGGUGCUCAUCCGGUCGGCGGGGGAGCUGGAGGGCUACGCCAAGGGCGAGGAGGCCAAGCUCGAGCAGGUCGUCAAGGCUGUGGCAGACUCCGGCGCCACCGUGGUGGUCUCCGGCGGCAACUUUGGCGAGAUGGCGCUGCACUUCCUGGACAAGUACGGCCUGAUGGCGGUCAAGGUGCCGUCCAAGUUCGAUCUGCGCCGCGUGUGCCGUGCCACAGGCGCAGUGGCGCUGAUGGGCACCGCCGCGCCCACGGCCGCCGAGCUGGGCCACGCGGGCUGUGUGGAGCUGCGCGAGGUGGGCUCCACCCCCGCCGUCCUGUUUGGCGGCCAGGCCUCCCGCGCCGGCAUUGCCACCAUCGUCCUGCGCGGCGCCACGGACCAGUUGUUGGACGACGUGGAGCGCGCGGUGGACGGCGGCGAGACGGGGCUGGACCAGUACGCCAUCGCGCGCUUUGCGGACGCGCUGGAGGUAGUCCCGCGCACGCUGGCCGAGUCCAGCGGGCUGCCCGCCGAGGAGAGCCUGGCCGCGCUGCACGCGGCGCACGCCGCGGGGCAGGCCCGCGCGGGGCUGGACGUGGAGACGGGCGCGCCGCGCGACCUGGGCGAGGACGGGCACCUGGACCUCUUUGCCGCGCGGUGGUGGGGCCUGCGCCUGGCCGUGGAGGCCGCCACCACCGUCCUGCGCGUGGAUCAGAUCAUCAUGGCCAAGACGGCGGGUGGGCCCAAGCCGCGCCAGGGCGCCGGCGACGACGACGACUGA